CGCGAUUUCCGUGGCGUUUCACGCGAUAGCCUCGCGACGACGUAUGUAGUGCGUGUGCGGUGGCGCUACUGUCGCUCAUAAGCGUAGGACGAGAGAAUCGCAUAUAUCCGUCCCGUAAUCCGUUUGCAGCGACAAUCGUUUUAUUUCAUAAUUCGGUCCUUAAACCGCAUAAAUUAUCAUGAACUCGUUACGGCCGAUGCGAAUAAUAACUGUUUUUUUGUUUCGGAUGUAGUAAAAGAAAAGAAUUCUUCCGACACAAAUUGCACCAUUGAUUACAUCAACUUAUGUAUGUAAAUUAUAGUGCGCAGUCACAUCCCGCGUUUAAACAAGCGCGCGAGACACAUUGGCAGACUAGCAGAAAACAUUCAAAACAUUGAACUUGUCACAGGGAAACGCACGUGGUACAAUAUAAUGUAACCAAAAAUCGUGUCCUGAAGAUUUUAUUUGCAAGUCAAUUUAAAGCGGGAUAUGCAAUUUCGAAAAUUAUACUCAACGAAUGGUAUACGUUUGUGAAUUCGUCGUAAGAAGUUAUUUAGCCUCGAGCAAUAAUGGAAGUUAGCGUGGGAGAUGUUGUUAUGCCUGGUGAUGUCGUAAAGGAUAUUGCAACAAUUAACAAAAAGGAAACAAUUAUUUUAGGACCAGGUCUACGCCGCGAAUCCGACACGGUUUUUGCGUAUAAGGCGGGAAUAUUGAAGAAGACGAAUCCAGCUGUAUAUUAUGUAGAUAGCUACCAAAAACGAUAUGUACCAAAUCGUGGCGAAAACGUUGUGGGUAUAAUCACUCAAAAGGGUGGUGAUAUUUUUAAAGUGGAUAUAGGGGCCAGCGAACAAGCAUCUCUUUCGUACCUUGCUUUUGAAGGUGCUACAAAAAAGAAUCGCCCUGAUCUUCAAGUUGGUGACCUUGUCUUUGCAAAACUUUUGGUUGCCAGCAAAGAUAUGGAAUCAGAACUUGUAUGCGUGGAUUCCCAUGGCAAAGAAAAGAAGUUAGGUGUUCUAAAGUCCGAUGGUAUGUUUUUCACGUGUUCAUUGAGUCUCAUCAGAAAGAUACUGAAUCAAAGUUCUCCACUGUUUAACACACUGGCACGUAGUCAGGCAUUUGAAGUAGCUGCUGGAAUGAAUGGCAGAGUGUGGGUGAAAGCAAGGACUAUUCAGGAGACUAUAGCAAUAGCCAAUGCUAUUUUGGCUGCAGAGUACGCUACUCCAAACAACAUAAAAAAGAUAUGUUCAGAUAUUGAAAAAGCUUUGCUUUUGACACAGUCAGGUAACGAUGAAGAAAUGCAAUGAAGAAAAUAAAUAACGGUCAUCUGUUAUGAAUGAUUAUUUAUUGUACCAAUAUUAUUAAUGAUUUUUAUAAAUAAAUCUGUAUGAUUUCUUAUAUGAAA